UUCCUAUACUUUUGAUAUGUUUGUUUUUCAAAAUGGAUUUCAGAUUUCUCUUAGGCAGAAAAAGACUCUUUUCUUUUGGUGUGUUUCCAUAAUGUUUUGCCAACUUUGAGCAUUUAGAUAUGGUUAAUGUCUGAAGCUCAGUCUCCUCUCCUGAGCCCAGAGUGCUCACACAGCUCAUGUGUGGAGAGGUACCUCACCUAUGUUGAAAGUCCUCUGGUUCCAAUACUUGUUGAUUUUAAUGAUAUUAAACAGUCCCUAGAAAGAUAUAUAUCUCUUUAUCUUUCCCUCUCUCUCUCUCUUUUUUUUUUUUUUGAUUAGUUUUGAGUAAAUAAAAUGUCAUCAACUUAAUACAGCAUAUUAAUCAAAUUGUUAAGUAAUAUUUAUUCUGUGUUUACCUGCUACUAAUAAUUUUCUUUGCAUUUUAAUUCUUAGAUUCUAAGGACUUGAAGGGUCAUCAAGAAAUAAUUUAACUUGCUGUGCAUUUUAAGUCAGGGUUUUAGUCAAAUAAAAUUUAUAGAAUGUCUAGCCUACAUGCCUCUGUAUUUAUGUAUAUAUAUGUCAUGUGUGUAAUUACAAAUACAUUUUUUACAACAGAUAUAUCAAUAUUUUUGAAGGAGAAAAAAAGCUGUGUUCUCUGUUGUGGGUAAGUCAUAGCAAGCAAAAGUAUAGAACAGCUGCUCUUACAUCUUCUGUCUUUUCAGUUUCAGUGGACUUGAGCAGAUAUGUAUUUAAAAAAAUUGUUAUAUAAAUAUUCUGAGGCCUAAGUCACAUCCUUGGCCAUCUGGUAAGAUUUUGUUUUAAAGCUUGCUGCCUGCUUUUGGGGGUCACCCAUAGAGCUGCUUAUAUUGCCAGCAUUUUGCUUUUCUUCAGAGUGACACCUUAUUGAUCUUUCUGCUCAUUCUCUUCUCAUUUCUUUUUUCCAUUUGCAUUCCUUAUGAGAUGAUUUUGUUUUUUCAUGGUCUUUGACAUGAGUAGGAGAGAGAAUGAUUUGAGUGGCUACUAUAAUAGGGACUUUUCUUUUUCCCCCUAAAUAUGAUCCUAGGGAUUGAACCCAGGGCCUUGUGCUUGCUACGAAAGUGCUUUGCCACUGAGCUACAUCCUCAGCCCUUUUAAAAAUUUUGAUUUUGAUACAGGGUCUUUCUAAGUUGCUUCCCUUUCCCUAGACUUUUCAGCAUCUGGGAUUACAGGCAUGUGCCACCACUCCUCAGCUGUAUUAUGGCUUCUUACUUGUAAAGAUUGUUUGCUCUCAGAUACAGGUUAUUUUUACCCAGCAUAGCAGCAAACCUGCUUGUAUACUUUCCAUUUCCUCUUACAAAUUAGCAUUAAAAACAUGGGUCCAUGGUUUGGUAUUUAUGUAUGCAUUCUAUUACAAUACAAUUUUAAUGACUGAUAACUGCCUUCUUACUAGCUCUCUACUUACUAGUUUUGUAUCCAUCAAAUCAAAUAAUACAUUAUUUUUUCCAUAUUAAACAUACAGGAGUGACUGGGGUUGUGGCUCAGCGGUAGAGCACUCGCCUAGCAUGUGCGAGGCCCUGGGUUUGAUCCUCAGCACCACAUAAAAAUAAAUAAAUAAAAUAAAGAUGAUAUUGUGUCGUAAGAAAAACAUACAGGAGUAAAGUCUCAUUAGAAGUAAAACAUGCCUUUAUGAUAAAAGUUUCUUAGGUCCUAAUAGAAAAUUGAUUUCAUGAGUAUUUAGCAUGUUAUGCAGUUGAUUUAAAACCUUGGUAGCUUACAUUGUAUUAUACUUUAUAUUAUCAGAGUAUUUCUGAACAGACACCUUUCUCUCUUGCUUCUUUUUCAGUCUGACAACAACAGACUGCCAUGAUUUUUCAUCUGAUGAUUUGGUAAAACUGCCACUUCUACAAAUUCAGAAACAUUGCAAUUUUGGCUCAUACAAUUGAAGAAAUAUUGAUUAGACCUCUUCCUUUGACAGGAAUGCUACUGGAUGACCAUGGUAGGAGUCUGGGGUCACCCACCACUGUCCCUAGGUCAUCUAGUAGAGCAAGGUGCUAUACUUGGUAGAUCAGAAACUCAGGAGUGUCUUUUCUUUAAUGCUAAUUGGGAAAGAGACAGAACCAAUCAAACUGGUGUUGAACCCUGUUAUGGUGACAAAGAUAAACGGCGACAUUGUUUUGCUACCUGGAAGAAUAUUUCUGGUUCCAUUGAAAUAGUGAAACAAGGUUGUUGGCUGGAUGAUAUCAACUGCUAUGACAGGACUGAUUGUAUAGAAAAAAAAGACAGUCCUGAAGUCUACUUUUGUUGCUGUGAGGGCAAUAUGUGUAAUGAAAAAUUUUCUUAUUUUCCGGAGAUGGAAGUCACACAGCCCACUUCAAAUCCAGUUGCACCUAAGCCACCCUAUUACAACAUUCUGCUCUAUUCCUUGGUGCCACUUAUGUUAAUUGCAGGGAUUGUCAUAUGUGCAUUUUGGGUAUACAGGCAUCACAAGAUGGCCUACCCUCCUGUACUUGUUCCAACUCAACACGCCUUUCAUAUAAUGAUAGAGGACCCAGGACCACCCCCACCUUCUCCAUUACUAGGUUUGAAGCCACUGCAAUUAUUAGAAGUGAAAGCAAGGGGAAGAUUUGGUUGUGUUUGGAAAGCCCAGUUGCUUAAUGAAUAUGUUGCCGUUAAAAUAUUCCCAAUACAGGAUAAACAGUCAUGGCAAAAUGAAUAUGAAGUCUAUAGUUUACCUGGAAUGAAGCAUGAAAACAUAUUACAGUUCAUCGGUGCAGAAAAACGAGGCACCAGUGUUGAUGUGGACCUUUGGCUAAUAACAGCAUUUCAUGAGAAGGGCUCACUGUCAGACUUUCUUAAGGCUAAUGUGGUCUCUUGGAAUGAACUGUGUCAUAUUGCAGAAACCAUGGCUAGAGGGUUGGCAUAUUUACAUGAGGAUAUACCUGGCCUCAAAGAUGGCCACAAACCCGCAAUAUCUCACAGGGACAUCAAAAGUAAAAAUGUGCUGUUGAAAAACAAUCUGACGGCUUGCAUUGCUGACUUUGGGUUGGCAUUAAAAUUUGAGGCUGGCAAGUCUGCAGGUGACACCCAUGGACAGGUUGGUACCCGAAGGUAUAUGGCUCCAGAGGUAUUAGAAGGUGCUAUAAACUUCCAAAGGGAUGCAUUUUUGAGGAUAGAUAUGUACGCCAUGGGAUUAGUCCUGUGGGAACUGGCUUCUCGCUGUACUGCUGCAGAUGGACCUGUAGAUGAGUACAUGUUGCCAUUUGAGGAGGAAAUUGGCCAGCAUCCAUCUCUUGAAGAUAUGCAGGAAGUUGUUGUACAUAAAAAAAAGAGGCCUGUUUUAAGAGAUUAUUGGCAAAAACAUGCUGGAAUGGCGAUGCUCUGUGAAACGAUAGAAGAAUGUUGGGAUCAUGAUGCAGAAGCCAGGUUAUCAGCAGGAUGUGUAGGUGAAAGAAUUACCCAGAUGCAGAGACUCACAAAUAUCAUUACUACAGAGGACAUUGUAACAGUGGUCACGAUGGUGACAAAUGUUGACUUUCCUCCCAAAGAAUCUAGUCUAUGAUGGUUGCAUCAUCUGUACACACUGAGCAGUGGGACUCUGAACUGGAGCUGCUAAGCUAACAAACUGCUUACAGUUUUAUUUUCUGUGUGAAAUGAGUAGGAUGCCUCCUGGAAAUAUAAGAAAGCAGCCCCUUGUUGAAAAAUGUGGCUCUGGGAGACUACUGCAUUGCCUGCAGCACAGACGUGAAGGACAUGAGGCUAAGAGAAAAAUUGCAAACUUUAUAAAGAAACUUUUGAGAAAAUGUACAUGAAGAAUGUGGCCCUCUCCAAAUCAAGGAUCUUUUGGAUCUGGCUAAUCAAGUGUUGAAAACUGACAUCAGAUUUCUUAAUGUCUGUCAGAAGACACUAAUUCCUAAAUGAACUACUGCUAUUUUUUUUAAAUCAAAAACUUUUCAUUUCAGAUUUUAAAAAGGGUAACUUGUUUUUAUUGCAUUUGCUGUUGUUUCUAUAAAUGACUAUUGUAAUGCCAAUAUGACACAGCUUGUGAAUGUUUAGUGUGCUGCUGUUCUGUGUACAUAAACAAAGUCAUCAAAGUGGGGUACAGUAAAGAGGCUUCCAAGCAUUACUUUAACCUCCCUCUCAACAAGGUAUACCUCAGUUCCACGGUUGCUAAAUUAUAAAAUUGAAAACACUAACAAAUUUGAAUAAUAAAUGGAUCCAUGUUUUGUAACAAGGUAUCACAAAUUCACUGUGUUAUUUAAGAAAAAAAAAAAAGUAAGCUGUGCUUAGUGCCAAUAGUAAGUGGCCAUUCGUAAAACAGUGUUUUAGCUUUUCUUGUGCUGGCUUGUAACUUAGGGAAAAGUGUUUUUUGAAAUGAAAAAAAUGGUGUCAUUUCCCCCUUACCGUAUUUUAAAGCUUCAUCUUAUAUCCAUAUCCCAAAAUAUUGCAUUCGUACCUAAGUAUUUUUUUUUUUUUUAAAGGUGUGCUGUGUUUGGGGAAUGAGUAUUUGAAAAAUUUAAAGCAUGAUUUAAAUUUUUUUAAAUGAGCUAUGACACUGGAAAGCUCUUUUUUAUCUUUUAAAAGUCUUUUGUUUUUUCCUAUUUAUAUAUGUAAAACUGUAGUGUUUUUCUUUUCACCAAAACAGUGUGUGGGAUAUUCUUUAUCACUGUCUUAGGACCACCUCAGGAAGUGUCAUUACCCAGAAUUCCUCACUCUCUGCUUUGAGACUUGUAACUUUUAUCACUUCUGCUUGGUGCCAUCUUGUCAGAGUAAUAUUUGACGUCUGUGAUAUGUAAAGAAUUAUCUUAGGACAGAGAUAUUAAUUAACUUUAAGCACAGAUUUCAGAUGUUACUGCUUUAAAACCAAUCAGGGAUAACAAAGUUAUAACUUAAAAAAUAUGCAAUGACAUUUAGAGGUAACCAGUGUUGAUGUAGGUAACAUAGCUUAGCCUUCUCUCCCAAAUUGCUUUUACAACUAACUUGGAUAUUAAUUUAGGAUAGUUCAUGCCUUAUCCUUGCUAAGAAAAUGGAAUUGAUGGUAGGUAGGUGCCAAAGUUCUUUUUCAAACAAUACUGCAUUGGAGUAUAAUUGGAUGCUUCUUGAAACUUACUUAUAUAGGCCAAAGUAAAACAUUAAUUUCCUGAAUUUCUAGAUUACUAGCCAAGAAAUAGCCAGGAUUAUGCUAUACUUUUUGUCAGAUCAUUUUGAAAUCCAUACAUAAACUUUAAAAACAGAUUUUUUACAUGUCACUAUCAGGAGCUUACUGUGAAUACAUUAUCUUCAAAUGGUUAUUUAACCACACAGUACACUACAUUUUACAUGUAAAAUGCACUUAAUCUCUGGGAAGAAUAAAUUAUUAUUUAUACACAAAACAUAGGCCAACAGACUCUAAACAGGGAGGAAAAGGAGAGUAAUAGCAUUCUUGUCUGUGUGUCACAUCCCAUACAGAUCUGUUUAUGUUUUUAUAUCGUGUGUGUACCCAAGGUUUCACUGUAUUCCUAAGAAUUCCCAUUUCAGUGUUUACCAUUUCAAAAAGUACUUGGCCCCUCUCAACUUCUUGACUUGGGUUUUCUUCCAUCUGGAAACUAAACAAGGGGAAAAUAUGGAAAAUGUGCAAUCAAGAAAAGAGUUAAUUUAAAGACAGAUUUCUACCUGUUGUAAGCAUUUAACCCUUUUAAAACUUUAAAAAAAGGGAUAAUAUGAAUGUUUGGCUUAUGAGAAUACUAGAGAUAAAUUUUAUAAGACCAGUUAUUCACAAUAUAAAACAUUUUGUCUUCAUGUUACAUUUUUUUUUAAACAAAUUCUGGGUAUUGUACUUAAGUUUAACCAAUUUUAAAACUUGUAUCCUUCUGAAAAUAUAUAUUUAGAAAAUCUUUUUAUAAGCAGUAAAGAAAGAAUGUUCCAGUGACUGCUUGUCCUGAUACGUAAUCUUACUAAAACUUUCUUUUUGCAGGGCAUUGGUUUAUAAUCAGUGUAGAGGGGGCAAGUUAAAAUUUAAGCUAGGGAUACUGGAAAAAAGAUCAAAGGAUGAAAAAAAUGGUGAUUUAUUUGGAAGUAAACUAAGACCCCCCCCCCACACUCCAAUAACUUUUCCUCGUGUGUAUGGUGCUCCUCAUGAUGUCUUGUUCUUUGCCUUUCUGAUACCUAUCAGAAGUGCUGCUCUCACUCACUUUUCACCUUACCCAGAUUUCCCUUGUAAAAAAUCCUUUAUGAUUAACUGCCAUAGGACUGAUGGAUUAACCAGUGUUUGGCUUUAUUUGAAGUCUAUGCCCUGCAGAGAUCUUGUAUGUAUUUUAGAUGCUAGGAAGUUUUUAGCAUGUGAUGUGUGAUUCUUGUUUGGAUGUUUUUAUUACAGGUACCUUGUGAAUUCCAGAAAAGAGACUGUGCCUCACAAGUGUUGGUCCCAUGACCUUGCACUAUCUUUCAUGGUGACCUUUUGAAAAUACAAUCAGGAAAAACACCAACACCUUUGGAAUUUAGGAAUAGAAUCAUAAUCAUGAAAUUAAAGACUCUCUCUUUUGCCCCUUUCCUUGCCCCUGACCAACAACUACAUUUAAGUAAAAUGUAGAUGGUUGGGAAAAACUGGUCAGAUGGUAGUUUAGUGGAAUAAACUGAUUACUGUUUUUUAAAAAAUGCUUCAUCAUAGAUAUUUUCCAGUUUGUCUUUUUUACUUUUUGAAAAAUUACUUUUUAGGAACAUUUGGUAUAAUGUGCAUAAAAUAAUUUAAAAUUUUUGGGCAAAAUGAUACAAGUAGCAUCUUGAUUGAACAUCAUUUACCUCAGAUAUUCAACCAGCAGUACGUUUUUUAUGCAGUCUCAACCCACAUCCCUAUUUGUUACCUCUCAAAAUAUUGGUGAGCAAUUAUUUUAGCUUUACUCUGUAUUUCUUGUCAGUGUUUUGGGCACAUACUUGCUAUUUUUUUCUGCAAGUAUUUAUUUAACAGAAAGUUAAAAACAACACACACGCAAACCCUCCUCCCCCAGUAAAACCCCAUCUUGGUUAAGUGAUUGUUAAAUAUUGUAAAAAUAAAAUGUAUGCUAUCCCCAUUCAAUCCCCAAGUUAAAUAAAAAAGUGAAUAUGGUA